AUGGCGAGGGCCCCGACGAGUUCUGAGAUGUUCCGCCAGCUGGCUAUCCAAGAGAUCAUCGCAUCCAGGCGGCAGCUGCGGCGCGCUCGGGCCUCGUCGAGGCCGACCGCGGUUGCGCUCGAUAAGAGGGCCAACAGGAUCCCCCACGCCGCCUUGACCAGGGCGCGCUUGGACGCAGCAUCCAGGCCGGGGUUUCGGGCCAAGACGACGCGGGCGUUUUCGCCGCAGCCUGCGCUGAUGGACCGCCCGCCCGCCGAGUCGACCUCCUCCAGCGGCGCCGUGGCGAGCGUCGCUGCAAUCGGCCCUGCGCGCGAAAAGAAGGGCGCUGACUCUCCGCUGAAGCGGCCGGCGAAGCGCCAGCGCCGCGAGGUGGUGGCUGAUGCAGACUAG